CACAAAAUCCAAUACCAAAUGCGGCUUUAGAAUUUUGGGUUCUUGGAUGGAUCUGAGUUUGUUGAGGAGACGCCCGUUGUUUUGUUCAAAGUCGUCGUCGUCGUCAUCAUCAUCGUCAUCGCGGUCUUCUUCCAGGAGUUUGGGAUUCGACACCAUGCGGUUGUCCACCAAGAGCCUGGCUAGUUUCCUCAUGGCUCUCCCCGUCGUCGUCAUGCUUACCAUCAUCCUCCGGCACCACCGGUCGGAUCGCUUCACGGGAUUCGCUGACGCUCGACCCUUCUACGCCAAUGUUACUACGCCGCUACUACCAGGAGAUGAUGUCGCCAAACCUACUGAUAUGGCUAAAGACAAACUGCUUGGUGGACUUCUUGCUGCUGGGUUUGAUGAACAUUCUUGUUUAAGUCAGUACGAGUCGAAUCUAUAUCGCAAAACUUCACCCUAUAAACCUUCUCCAUACCUUCUUUCUAAACUUAGAAAUUAUGAAGAUCUACAUAAACGUUGUGGACCGAACACUCAAUCCUACAAUAAAACAGUGGAACAGCUCAAGUCUGGUCGUAGUGUUGGUUCUACAGAUUGUAAAUAUGUUGUCUGGGUAUGUUAUAGUGGCUUGGGGAACAGGAUUUUGACUCUGGCGUCGGUAUUUCUCUAUGCUCUUUUAACAGAGAGAGUCCUGCUUGUUGACCGAGGAAAGGACAUGGCUGAUUUGUUCUGCGAGCCAUUUCCUGAGAAAUCAUGGUUUCUUCCCCUGAAUUUCCCUAUCACCGAUAAGUUUAAAAGCAUUGGUCAGAAGUCUCCUGAAUCCUAUGGGAAUAUGCUUAAGAAUAACAUCAUAAAACCUUCUACAGAAUCACUUCCAUCAUAUAUUUAUCUUCAUCUGGCUCAUGAUUAUGAUGAUUAUGACAAGCUCUUUUUCUGUGAUGAUGAUCAAGCUCUUCUAAAGAAGGUCCCUUGGUUGAUAGUGAAAACAGACAACUAUUUUAUCCCCUCUCUCUUCUUGAUGCCAUCGUUUGAGCAUGAACUAAGCAUGCUAUUUCCCCAGAAGGAAACCAUAUUCCACCACUUGGGUCGGUAUCUUUUUCACCCCUCAAAUCAUGUGUGGGGAUUAAUUACAAGGUACUAUAAUGCAUACUUGGCCAAGGCAGAUGAGAGGAUUGGCAUUCAAGUGAGAAUUUUUGAUGGGCCUGGUCCAUACCAAUAUGUGAAAAACCAAAUUUCAGCCUGCAUUCUAGGAGAGAAACUGCUGCCUGAAGUAGAUAUUAGAGGAUCAAUUGCGACUCCAUCAGAAAACCCAAAGGUGAAAGCUGUUUUGGUGACUUCUUUGGUUGCUGGGUACUUCGAGAACCUGAGAAACAUGUAUUGGGAACACCCCACUGUGACUGGUGAUAUAAUUGGGGUUCACCAGCCAAGUCAUGAAGAGCAGCAGCAGACUGAAAAUCCAUUGCACAACAUGAAGGCAUGGGCAGAAAUGUAUCUGCUCAGUUUGACUGAUGUGUUAGUCACAAGUGCAUGGUCUACAUUUGGCUAUGUAGCUCAGGGUCUUGGGGGUUUGAAGCCAUGGAUCCUUUACAAGUCUGAAAAUCAGACAACCCCUAAUCCACCUUGUCAGCGUGCAAUGUCAAUGGAGCCUUGUUUCCAUGCUCCUCCCUUUUAUGACUGCAAAGCUAAGAAAGGAAUUGAUACAGGUAGAGUUGUUCCACAUGUAAGACAUUGUGAAGACAUUAGCUGGGGCCUUAAGGUAGUAGAUAGCCAUGAUAUGUUAUAGCUGGUACAAAGAUUUCAAUUUCACCAAUUUUGUCUAAAAAAUUUUGGUAGAAGUACAAUUUUUUUGGUUUUGAUGGUGUGCUGAACUGCAAUGUAUCUCAUAGAACUGUGAAGUUGCCCCUAAUCUGUAGAAUUUUUUGUAAGUAGGCUUGUUUUUCUG